AGAGAAGGGAGAAAAAGAAAAAUGGAGAAGAGGACCCGUUCGGCUCGAGCGCCGGCGUUAGUAGGCCGUCUGGCGGCAACUGAGCGAGGUGGAGGCGUCCGGCUCUGGUGCCGGCGGCGAGAGGGACGGCCAGAGCGGCGACCGCUCACAGUGGAUGAGGCCCGGUUCGGCUCCGGCUCCGACGCCAUCGAGAAGAGCGGCCGGAGCUGCGGCGGCGACGGCAAGAGGGACGGUCGAACCAACGGCGGCCUGAGCUGGAGCCAAACGGAGGGAGCAAAGCGAGAGGCUGAAGGAAAUCAGUUUACGUCCACUCCACCCAUCUGUCCAACCGAAGAUCCCUCACCCGAAUCCACCUCCACCUCCCUCUCCGGCGGCGGCAAUGGCCGGCGGCGAGUACACCCCGGCCGACGCGGAGGCGGACCUGCUGCUCCCGCCGCCGGCGGGGGCGGCGGAGGAGCGCCCCCCCCUGCCGGCGGACACGCUGGGGAUCGCGUACGCCAUCUUCUUCAUCCUCGGCACCGGCUUCCUCCUCCCCUGGAACGCCUUCAUCACCGCCGUCGACUACUUCUCCUACCUCUACCCGGGCGCCCCCGUCGACCGCGUCUUCUCCGUCUCCUACAUGCUCGCCUGCUUCCUCCCGCUCCUCCUCAUCGUGCUCUGCUUCCCCAAGUCCAGCGCCCCGGCCAGGGUCAACACGGGCCUCGCGCUCUUCACGGCCGCGCUCCUCGUCGUCCCCGUCAUGGACGCCGCCUACGUCAAGGGGGUGCCCCGCCUGUACGCCGCGUUCGACGUCACCGUCGCUGCCACGGUGCUGUGCGGCGUCGCCGACGCGCUCGUGCAGGGCGGUGUCAUCGGCUUCGCCGGCGAGCUCCCCGAGCGGUACAUGCAGGCCGUCGUCGCAGGAACCGCAGUCUCAGGUGUACUUGUCUCGGCAUUGAGGGUAAUCACCAAAGGAGUAUAUCCACAAGACAGCCAUGGAUUAAGGAAGAGCGCAAUCCUCUACUUCGUUGUUAGCAUUGUUGUCAUGAUCAUCUGCAUAGUGUGCUAUAAUGUGGCCGGCAAGCUUCCUAUUAUCGUAUACUACAAGAACAUCAAGAAGAGGGCUCAGAAGGCAGAGGAGGAUGGUGGCAUGUCUGGAUCAUCCUGGAGGUCAACCUUGUGGAGCAUUGUUGGGAGAGUGAAAUGGCAUGGGAUAGGGAUAGCUAUCAUCUAUGCAAUCACUCUCUCCAUAUUUCCUGGAUACAUCACAGAGGAUGUGCACUCUGAGGUGCUCAAGGACUGGUACCCCAUCAUACUCAUCACCGCCUACAACGUGUUCGAUCUUAUUGGCAAGUCACUGCCUGCGUUCUACUUCCUCGAGAACGCCAAUGUUGCUGUCGCAGGGUCGUUUGCAAGGCUCCUGUUUUACCCUCUCUUCUAUGGCUGCCUCCAUGGACCCAGCUUCUUCCGCACCGAGAUCCCGGUUACCAUCCUGACAUGUCUUCUUGGACUCACCAAUGGAUACCUGACCUGCAUCCUUAUGACCCUCGCACCCAAGGCUGUGCCAAUCCAACACUCCGAGACAGCCGGUAUAGUCAUAACGCUGUUCCUUGUCGCUGGGCUGGUCGUUGGUUCAUUUGUUGCUUGGUUUUGGGUCAUUUGAUAGUUCUAGUCCCACCGUCCCGUGUAUCCAUUCCUUUGUAUCAUAGUGCCAUGCUCAAGUUCACUGUUUUACUUGUUUAUUUACGCAUCAAACGGCCAAGGGGUAUGUAAUUUGUUAGUGUAAGCCAGACAAUACUGGUCCUGAUGCCUGUAAUUUGCUAUUCAUGGAAUGCAAUCCACUGCCAUAUUAACAUUCCCAGCUCACAUGAAAAUUCAUGUUGUUUUUAUGAAUUU